CAUCAACCCCUCAAUCCACGCAACACAACCCAAACCACCCAAACCAAAAAAUGUCUCCCCCAACCACCGAACCAGAACCCAUUUCACAACCUAGAAUGGAGUUCACUAACGGCACCAACCCACCACAGAAAGCAGAUCCCACCCAUGAAGAACAUCAAUACCUAGAUCUGAGCCGCGAGAUCCUAGAAGAGGGUGAACACCGGCCCGACAGGUUCGUCCCUACCUCAAUUCAAAAUCCAAAAGCAGGAAGGAUACCAAUUCUCAUAUUGGAAAUAGAACAGGAACAGGAACACUCUCCCUCUUCGCCCCGCGCCCCCUAAAAUUCACUCUCUCUACCCCAGAAGGGCUCCCCAUCCUCCCCCUCCUGACCACAAAACGCGUCUUCCUGCGCGCCGUCAUCGCCGAACUCCUCUGGUUCAUCUCAGGCUCCACGUCCUCUCUCCCUCUAACAGAAACCGGGAUAAAAAUCUGGGACGGAAACGGAAGCAGAGAAUAUCUCGACAGCGUAGGACUCUCACACCGCGCAGUCGGCGAUUUAGGACCCGUAUACGGCUUCCAAUGGCGGCAUUUCGGGGCAGAAUACGUAGAUGCGACGACAGAUUACACAGGUCAGGGCGUCGAUCAACUGGCGGAGGUGAUUGAGAAAUUGAGGAACAACCCGUAUGAUCGACGGAUUAUCCUGAGUGCGUGGAACCCGGCGGAUUUGAAGAUCAUGGCUUUACCACCUUGCCAUAUGUUUGCGCAGUUCUACGUUUCGUAUCCAGGCACCACCACGACCACCACAGAAAAACCAAAAGGAAGAUUACAUUGCCAAUUGUACCAACGAUCCUGCGACAUGGGUCUCGGCGUCCCCUUCAACAUCGCGAGUUACGCCCUCUUAACCCACAUGCUCGCGCACGUCUGCGAUCUCGUUCCGGGAACCUUCACACAUACCAUGGGGGACGCGCACGUUUAUAAAGACCACGUAGAAGCGCUGAAGGUGCAGUUAGAACGGGAGCCGAGGGCGUUCCCGGGGUUGGAGAUUAAGCGUGAGAAAGGAGGGAGCGUUGAUGGGUGGAAGGUGGAGGAUUUUGAGGUCCUGGGGUAUGAGCCUCAUAAGGGGAUUGCGAUGAAGAUGUCUGUUUAG